AUGGCUCUGGCUCUGCUGGUGGUCGUCAUCUGGGCAUUCUCGUGGCUUCUCUGGCGUGCCUACUCAGUCAUCACCACUCCCAACGAAGUCCUUGUGGAGAAGCUCGGCCUCGAUAUUCCACCUACCCCGGUCGUCACCCUCGAAGAAAUCUCGUCGCGCGAGAUUCAAAUAAGCUGGAAACAUGCGGAACCCUCAACCUCGGUGCAGGAGCACCAUAUUGAAGUUAAUGGGAGGGUGGUAGGGACCACGAGAAAGAAUGAGAUGGGCGCUCUAAUAUCGAACCUCAUUCCUGGCCACAUCUACGAUAUUCGAGUUUUUUGUAUAAGUGCUGGUACCUUUCAGACGCCGAGUGCGCCUCUACACGUCCGGCUUCCGGGCCCAUCUUCGACUUCUUCACAGGAUGGCUCUUCCGAAUCCGGACCCGCUGUCAGGGCGAUCCCGAUACGCAGUGCUCAGACCCUUACACCUUUGGCCGCACCAGCGAUGACUCGAGAGUUGAGUGGAGGACAACCGAUGGGUAGAAGAGGAACGACCGGACGACGGCCUUCGCCCGCCAACCAUGUCAUCGAGGCCCAAGAUGGGUCAUCUAAAGGGACCGAAGACGAAUUGGAUGGCGAUCUUGCCGAGUUGUCCCAGCGGUUCCAAAAGGUCCAACAGGACAUUGAGGCUGUGGAGGCGCAGAUUCAGGAAGAAGACAAAGAGUUUGAUGGUUCUCUGAAGGAACUCGAAGCGCGUCGUGACGAAUUGAAGCAGGGCUUGAAAGAGAGAGAUGAGGCCAGCAAUGACUUGCGCAAGCAAGUGCACAAAGCGGAAAGCGCUAGUCGGACCGCCCAGAGCGAGAAGACCAAAAAGGAGCGGCUCCUGCAACAAAAGGAAAAUCAGCGUAGGAAACGAAAGGACGAAAUUGCAAAAUGGGAGGACCAGAUUGCCUCUAUGAAGGAAGAGAUGGCUGGCAUCGAGACACAAAAGACCGCAAUCGAACGUAGAACGCAAAGCGAGUUGAGGGAGGUCAGGAAGAAGAUUGAAGAAGAGCAAAAAGAGGUCGCGAUGCUGGAGGAAGACAACAGAGAAAAGGCCCUUCAGAUCAAGGCGUUGGAAGAAGAGCGCCAGCAGCUCAAUGUUGAGGACGAGACUGAUGAAACAAGAGAAGUGGAACGCCUGGAUCGUGAACGUGAUAUGAGAUGGCGAGCGAGAUUUGAUGGUCUUCAGCAAACCUACGCAAGGCUGUGGAGCGAUCUGCAACUGGCGAACCAACAGGUCAGCUACACACGGGAGCAAAUCACUCAACUGGAGACGAGAUGGGCCAACUCGAUAGCUCUUGCGCCCACCACCACCCUCGACAUGGAAGCUUUACGCCGUGGGAUACGACCGGUUCGGAGACCGAGGCACACCAACUCACAUGGCAGCAGCAUCUCAUCGCCGCGGGGUCCAUUUGCUGGUCCAGAACCUUUUCCUUCUGGAUUCCAGUAUACGUCUGCGGCAAAUGCUUCUCCUACGACCGUGAUUCCGAGCUAUUUCAAUCCUCAAAACGGGAUGACGUUGGCAAUACCGCUCGAAAUCCCGUCGUCACAUGUUGAUGACGUUGAAGCAGCCAGCUCCAUGCCCAUGAGUCCUCGAGCCGACGCACUCUUACCAGCCGAUCUCCUUGGUGACGAAUCCUCAGAUGAGCUCCCAGACACAGAUGAUCCAAGCCAGCCACGGGGGCUGUCGGAGGCAGGGACAACUCCCUUUCCCACGAUUGGUUCACCCAUGUUGCAAGAGGACGCCCGUCGUACCGACACGCCUUCUGCGCACUCUUCGUCGAGCAAGUCGUUCUCCAGUCCUCUACAGACUUCUGCUCCGGCGAUCGAAGCCGAAAAGUUGUCCGAUUCUGGGCAAGCAUCGGAUCACAGGGCAGAAGAAGCGACCGACGAAGACGAGGCUAUCCAGCAACCCAGUAAACCCAAGUACAUGUCGAUGUCAUCGAUGUUUGGCCUCAACCGCCAACGCGGGAAGACUCUUGCUGACCAGCCACCGCUGCUCGGCUCUCUCAAACCUACCCAGAGUCGAUCAUUUCCGAGAAACAUGGAUGAGUUCGAUCCAACCACGCAGCCUAGAAGGCGGUUAAGCUAUGGUGGGAACUGGGCUUUCCCAGGGACCCUCUUGCGCGGAAAUGGGAACCCCGAAGAACGAGACCAAGAAGCAUCCCGGCUGUCUUCGACACGACGUGCCUUCCUCGGAUUCGGGAAAUCUGCCGGUGCCCCGGCGAGUUACGAUCCUUUUGCUGCCAGAUCUGGAUCGUUCGAUCCUGGUCUUCGAGCAGAGACAUCCUCGCCACGGCCAUCUUCCACUUAUUCGUUCGAUAAGCUGCCGCGACCGUCAUUGGAAAGUCAAUUUCGGGCUUGGAACACUGACAAACCUCCGAUUCGAAAUAGUCCUCUUGCUCCGGAUUGGGGUUCACUACACUCAUUUUCGCGAAGCCACUCGCGCCGUCCGUCGUUUGUCUAUGGAUCUACCAGUAACCUGUCGCUCCCAGCGGACGAAGAAGUGAUUGAACCGGACAAGAAGCCCAGUCGUCCGUUGCAAGCGCCGAUUGGUACCCGUCCAGCAUCGUCACAACAAGCUUCCACCCCGAAGCUAAACCCAGCGGCCCCGUCAUUUACCAUGCUCUUUGGUAAGAGGAGUGAGAAGACCAAAGACAAAUCGAGAGCGAAAGACUCGAAGGAAAGAGUGGGCGAAUUGGAAGCCACCUCUCCUCCCGAAUCACGCAAGUCCAAGGACACGAGUUCCAUCACCAAUACCGUCUCGACUUUCGAGUCCGAGCCGCUAGACCGCACAGCGUCGGCCACCAGCGCGCAAUUUUCGUUUGAAAGCACGCCGGUCAAGCCUACAUUUAUAUCCAAGAUUACGCGUAAAGCCAGCAGCAAUAAGUUUGGAAGUUGGAAGGACAAAGGAGGUUUAUUCUCUAGGAAAGAGGCGACUGCGCCCAACGGCGAGAAUGAGGAAGAGCAGGGUUCGACCGAGCAUCUUGGGAAGAGUUUGGAGAGUACAUCGACCACGCCAAGCGCCGAAGACAAGAAGUCAAGCCGGAGCUCGUUGAGUAAUUGGAAUUUCAUGCGCAAGAGCAAGAGGGGCCGAGAAGAUCUGACGGCCAGCGAAAUCAGUGAGAGUAGCGAAAGAGCCAGCGAGACUGGGGAAGAGAGAGACGAUGAUGAGGCAUGA